AUGGCCAGAAGUCCUUUGGUUGAGAGCCCCUUCGAGAACUCCCCUUUCAGCGGAGCGGUAGCCUCACUCGUGUCCCUCCUGCUCCGAUCGUAUGUUUGGAACGUGUACGGCAUAUACAUCGACAUCAAAGCCCUCCAGAUCUCCUUGCUAGCCGGCCGCAUAUUUAUCAAGGGGCUCCGAUACCAUGGGAACAACGAGACUAUCUUUGUACACGAUGCAUACAUAACAUGGUCGUACUGGCAAUGGCGAGUCCGAGAUGCAGAUAUCGAAAGAGCGAGGGUUGGAAUCCAAGAUUAUGCGCAAGGCAAAAACGACAAGAACUCGAAGCUGCCAUGUCGGGUGAACGUCGUUAUGUCUGGGCUGGAGUGGUUCAUUUACAACCGCAGCGCCGCCUAUGACACCGUUUUGGCCGGCUUGGUCGAUGAUGAAGCCUCUACCACUCCUGUCCCAAAGGAGGAGGAGCAUUCCAAGCUGAGGCGGCGCGCUGAAAAGACGUCAAACGUGCCUCCCCGGGACGCCUCGCCACUGAAGUCCACCUCAAAUCGAGCGGAGUCAGGAGAGAGCAGUAUGAAUGGCUUCGGAAAGCCCAAGGCAACCUUCCAGUCCUCGGGGUCAGACGAUGACAACGCGGCGUAUCAAGACAACUCUGACUCCAAAGACGAACUCCCGCUCUUGCUCCAGUUCUACCCGAUCAACCUGCAAUGCAACAAGGCUGCCGUGGUCAUGGGCAACGAGAACACGCAGGCUAUCAUGAUUGUCAACGCCAAGGGAUUUUCAGGUGAGAUCGAUGCAAGUGCGACCGAAACGCCUGACCCGUACCGCCAGAUCUACAAGAUCAAACUCGAUUCCCCUGUCAUUGAGAUGAGGGACAAUCUAGAUUACAGGGAGGAUCAAGUCGACAGGGCAGUUCGAGAGAAACAAGUCGCAAAGGAUUCCGCUCCUCUGCCAAAGCGCUCAUUCUUCCGCCGCUACCGACGUAAAGCCUUAUCUCAGCUUCGGGAUCUGGUUCCCUUCUGGAGAUCGUCUGUCGAGUCGUUCUCUCCGGGGGAACGCACCCCAAUCGCUACUGCGGACAGACAAACGCCUGGGUCCAGCCAUUGGCAAGGUCUCUCGAGAUACCUGGACGACCUCGAACGGAAUGAACAAUUGCGAUGGGCUGGUGUGGAAUAUGCUGCUGUGAACACGAUCAUGGACACGCCUGAAGCAACCAUCACAAUAUACUGGGACACCCCGACCCUAGUUGCGCCUCGGCGGCCCGGUACAGUUGAGAAGGCAACAAGGUCCGGCGAUGGUGCAAACAUCAACGGUGAUGAUUCGCCUGCCUGGGGCAUCAAUUUGUCAAUCAAAGGCGGCUUCGUUAACUACGGGCCGUGGGCGGAUCGCCACCGUGCGGAACUACAACGGGUCUUCUUCCCGGGGCUUUGCAAAGACUCCCAACCAGCUGAGAAGCUUCCGAUAGGAGCCAGCAGGGUCCCCACCCAAUUCAAAUUGUAUGUUGAGCUCGAUGACGAGGUGACUCUCCGUGUACCGAUCCGAGAGGAGUCGAAGAAUUGGAGGUUCAGAGGCCAGGAACCUCCCAUGAGGACCGACAAGGACCGCGACAAACGCAGCACGAGAAAUCGGCUCAAGCAGUCUGAUCAAGGUGCCACGGGUGGUUACGAACGUCAAUAUGGAUGGCUUGAUGUUAAGAUCGCAGCCAAUGCUACAAUAUCGUACUCGAUGGACAUGGUCGCAAAUACCCAUGGGUUCUCCAGCUCACUUGACCUUGACUUCCCAAAGACCGAGAUUACAAGCAGCAUCAACCACGAAUUGCUUUGGCGAUCCGGCAAGCAGCGCAUUUCCUGCGAUCUCUCCACGCCUCUUAAGUGGAAUGCGCUUCGCCAAUGGCGGUUCGAUAUCACCACCGACGCACUAGAGCUGUUCAUUCUCAGAGACCACAUCUUCCUCUUGACCGAUCUUGUCAAUGACUGGUCAAGCGGACCGCCUGCCGAAUACCUCGUCUUCACACCUUUCAAGUACUUCCUGGACUUGCAUUUCUCGAACCUGAAGCUGUACCUCAAUGUGAAUGACGGCAACAUCAUCAACAAGCCGACAGACCCCGAGGACAACGCGUAUAUCAUUGUCACGAGCCCCCUGCUGGAGUCGAGUACAUGCAUCUCACUUGACAAAUUUCGGCCGUCUCGAAGCAUGGUUCCCUUCGAUGUCCGCGCCGAAGAGGCGUUUAUCAGCUUGCACGUUCCGCCAUGGAAUACCCAAGCGAGCUUUGUCAAAUCUAUGUCCGUUGGUCAUCUGGAGAAUCUGGUUGUUGAUGGCCAGUACCAUUACAAUGCUGGAACUUCCCCAGCAUUGACAGACACGCUCGUUGUCAACGUGAACGGACAGUCUCCUGUAGUCCACCUCUACGGAUUUGUCAUUAGGUAUGUCAUGAAAUUGAAGGACAACUACUUCGGCGACGACAUGCAUUUCAAGACAUUGGAAGAAUAUCAAGAGAUGCUUGAUGCGAAAGAGAAAAACCCUGACGCGGAGCUCGCUGCAAAGCCGCCGUUCAAGAAGUCCAAUGACAUGGAUGUGAUGUUGAGUGUCAGACUUGAUGACCCCAAGCUGUUUUUGCCUGCCAAUCUUUAUUCCUCGGAAAACAACGUGCAGAUCGACGGGACACAUCUCUCUGCAGACCUACGGUUCACGAAUUACUACAUGGAUUUGGACUUGGUUAUCAGCCCACUCCACUUAUCCUUGGGACACGGCGAAAGUGGCCAAGAGACGCCUCUCAGUGCAACCACCACCACUCAGAUGUUUAUUGACGGCAUCACCGUCUAUGGACAUCGUGUAUUUGGAUUGCCGCCAACAGAGCCGACAUAUCUCUGCAAUUGGGACUUAGGCAUUGGUGCUAUUACCGGAGAGUGCACUGCUGAUUUCCUCACUGCCCUUAUGCGAGGAGGGAAAGCCUUUGGCCUCAGCUUUGACGACGACGAGAAUGCGUUGGUCCCUAGUUCGUCAGUCAUCCUGUACGAUGUAACAUUCCUACGCGUUGCGGUGCUGUCCGUCCGGCUGUGGCUUCACGUUGAAGAGGCCGCCUUCCUCUUCUCGACCGGCUCUAUUGAUGUCAACUUUAAUGACUGGGCGAGAUCGCACUAUUCCAAACGAGCCAAUGUCAAGAUACCGGAUAUCCAGCUAUCUUGUGUGAAUGCCGAGUCUGCGUCCAGGCAACGAUCGAGGUCCUAUGAUACAGUCGAGACAAACCUCUUGGUUCGAACGAGUAUCCACCUGGCGAGCAUAGCACGGAAGUUUGACUUCUCCAAUGAGCGCAAGCUUCAGCAAGAGCUCAUUAGACGUGAAGAUCAGAGGAGCUUGCGGACCCCUUUCCUCCUUCAGCCGGGUCUCCUCGGCAAUUUCACCCCAGAACCAAUCGACCCUAUGGCUCAGCCUGUGCCACCUGUACCGCAGCCAACGGGCGAGGAGGACGUGCCAUACGAUAAAGUCUCCUUGUUAUCCAGCGGCACAUCGCAACACCUUAGGGGCCUCAAGCACAAAUCAUCCUUCCUGAGCGUAUCAAGUUCGAGCCAAAGCAGCAUCAAACGACCCUUGAGCUCUCGGCAGUCUUCGCGCCAUUCGAGGCUGCCGGAAGGACUCCGGCCUCUGACAGCAAUCGGGCAGCAGAGCCUACACCGCAGGGAUCCUUCAGCAUCCACCGGUCGUCACUCGGCUUUUUACAGUGCGUACGCUGAUGUUGCAGACAGAAGAGACCAGGUUCACAACACGGUGGCGUUCUCCAGUCAAUACUUUGCACCAUACUUCCCUCUCGAGACAGUCCAGCCAGACAUCACAGAGACUCUCGAGACUAGCAUCGAAACGGACGAGGAAGCCGCUGGCUCAGCCACGGCUUUCGACCUAGAGGAUGUUGACCCAGCUAACAUGAAAGAAGAUAGCGCGUACUCGAGUCUGAUGGUAGAGCUGCCCGCGGGAUUAACGGCAUUCCUCAAUCCGAUUGCUGUCAAGAGCAUAUCUUCGCUUAUCUCUGCGCUCCAACCUUCGAAUCCGGAGGACAUACUCGAUUCCUUGCAGGUCGAUGCAAUGGGCGACAUUUUCUCCAAACAAAGCAAGAAGAAGAUGCAAGGAAAAUUCAGCGACCUAAUGCUGAGGAUACCCAAGGCAAAUUUGAGAUUCGUCAAUGCGUCUGAAUUGGACUCAUCGGAACCACCUCAAGAGGAAGAGGACCAGUACGAUGCCCACGUGAGCGACCUCGUGCUCACAACCAGGACUCAGAGCUCGUGGGAAGAUCCUUUCGACUUUACCACCAUCCAGGAGAAGAGCUCAUUCCACGUGAGACUUGGUGUCCUCGAGCUUUCAGCAGCUGAGCGUCUCGCCUCGCACCUUGAUACGCAUGCAGCUGUCAAGGCACAAGUCGAGAAUGUUAUGAUCUCCAUGGGUACUAAAGAUAUGACAUACCUCGAUGGAGAAGUCGGAAGCAUAACCAGCAGCAUAUCGUCAGAAAAGAUUGAGUAUCUCGCAUCGCUCAUUCGCCGAACGACCACACUGGCGACUGAAUUGGAGAAAGUGUUCACGCCAACGCUCGCUCGCGAGGGCAGGCUCAUCAAGUAUUUGACUUACAAGCUUGUGAGCGAAGGACAUGAUGCUAUUGAUCCGACAUUUUUGAUCCGACCGUCAGCUGUCCUACGAUCCGCGAAGGAGCACCUGCGAACCUACGACUCGUGGAAGCUCGUUGCCCGGUUGAGACAGAUGUGGACCGCGUUGAACCCAAACAGCAAAGAGCGACUGGAGCUGGAUUGCCUGGGCUCUGAAUUUGAGUUUCCUGCGGACGUUCGGCAGCAGGUCGUGCACGCUUUUGAACGUUGGAGGAAUUGGGAUCUCAGCAGUAUAACUAAUUCGGAGCUCGUACAAAACAUAUUCGGCAAGGAUGUCAGCACAAAACCACCAUCGCACGACACAGAUAUGGCAUUCCUCGCUGUCAUGCGCCUCCGCGACACACAAUUCGUACUCGACCCUGGUCCGAAGCAGAAUGAGAUCGUUUUAACGGAUGUCACUGCCAGGUUCCAGGACAGGAACUUGUCGAAUUCGGAGGCCAGCCCAGAAUCUGGGGCCGAAGCGGCCUCCAUCACAAUGCUCAAUGUCUACUGCGGCGAAGCUGCAAUAAGACUGAACUGGGAUCUGUGCGAGCUCGCCGAGGAUGUUUUGAAGCUUUUCACCAGACUGCAGAGCCAGAAGGAAGCUCGAGCUGAAGAGACCGCCAAACCCUCUUCGAAGUCGGUUGGCAAGCCUCUCCAUGCCGUGAUGUCCAUCGGCCGCGGCGAGAUAGCAUUCGAUGCUAUCAACCUCAAUUCAGUAUCUCUUGCUGAUGGCAUGAAGGCGUCUGCGCUCGUCCGACAUGACUCCAAAGAUGUCACUGACACGGACUUUGUCCUUAGUUGUGAGGCCUUCACAUCUCGCCUACGCAGCCACACUCAAGUCAUCGGUGUCUUCCAGCUGCGUGAUCCGGCUGUGAUUGUCUCCCACACGUUACAGGCCACAGAGACGACUGAUUCCCAUGUGAUCAAAGCCUCGGCAAGCAGCAAAAAGCUUUCUUUUGCAAUCCAGCAAGACCCAAUCGGUCUGUUGGAAGUCCUCGAUCUCGUGAUCAGGGAUGAAGCAGCGCAACUCUACCGAUUGAAGAGCCAUUUGCCAUCUUCAUCAUCACCAAAGCCUAAGCAACCACAACCAAAGAUCAAGGACAGGCUGUCAUCGUUCAGAGUGAAUCUUGCCUUGUUCCUGGAUGAGUACUACAUCAGCGUUCCUCUGCUGCAGUCCUUGACGUAUCGUGUGUCAGGCGUUGUCGCUCGUGCUGCCAUGGCCGCCAACUUUGGAAAGGAAAUUAUCUUUGAUUUCGACGUCAAGGAGAACUCCCACGAGAUUCAGAUCAGAGUCAAUAACAAGCCGCGGUCUCUAUCACUCCUUCAAAUACCCCCAACCAAUGGAAGGGUGACGACUCUCAUGAGCGAGGGCGAGACCCACGUCAGCACAUUUGCGUCGAUUGAGCUCAUCCAGCUGGACGCGUCUGCAGUCUACAGCUUGCUCGGCGCCUUGAAUAGGCCUGAAAUAUCAAGCUCGGUUGAUGACAUCCAAGAACAGGUGCAGCUUAUCCAAAGACAUAUUCGUGAGACCUUCGACACUGGCCAGGGAUCACCUACUCCACAGCAUGAUAACAUGCCGACGGAUGACCCAAAGACGGCCUUGGUGUAUAUCGCUCAUGUCACCUGUGAGGGUCUCGAGAUAUUUGGAAACUCGCCCCUGAAGUCGGCCGCAGAGCCAUUGGCCCACAUUCUCUUCCACCUGGGUGGCGUUCACUUGCGAAUCGGCAAUCGGCCAGAGGCUCAUAGGCCAAUCCUGGAUUUCCCAGAGGUACAUGUCAACCUACGGCAGAUUGAAAUGGAGAUCGCCAGAGGCACAGAGGCCGACGUUCGAACUUGCGGCAGGUUGGCUUUUGGCGCCCUUAUCACGGCGACCUCAAAGGCUGCAGAAGAUGGGUCCGAACAGAGACAUUUCAACGUUGCUACCGAUGGCUUUGACGUGAUUCUCUCUCCAGAGACCAUUUCCACGGCUGUCGACGUCCUCGGGUAUAUGGGUGACAAGAUCAAGGACCUUGACACAUCCCGCGAGCUCGAACUGCUGCGCAAGCUGAGGCAGACCAAGCCCAAGAUCACCAUCAACGAUGAGCAAGGACAAGAAGAGACAGACUUCCUUGACUCCUUCCUCUCCACAAUCAGGUACAACUUUGAGAUUCGCAAAAUGCAGAUCUGCUGGCUUGUCCUGACUGGGAGUGAGGAGCCUGUGGAAGGCAAGGAGGACCUGGUCUUUACGUGGGACAAGAUCGAGCUGGGCACGCGCACAAGAAAUUCUGCCAGACUUACGAUCGAGAACUUCCAGGUGCAGACGGUUCCAAUCGGCCAGGACAAGAGGCUGCGGUCUGCUAACUCAGCACUGAUGCCUGAGGUGGUCUUCAAUGUGGCUUAUGUAUCCACAUCGAAUACUCGCCGCAUGGCUUUCCAGGCUGUUGGCAAGUCUCUGAACCUGCGUCUCACAUCUGGAUUUGUCAUCCCCGUGUCUAACGUGGCUGACUCCAUCAACUUGUCCGUCAAAAAUGUACGAAAGGCCUCACAACACUGGAAUCCACCAAGGAGACCAAGUCAAGCAGCGGCAUCAGCAGAGAAGCCAGCAGAGCCACGCAAGGCUUUGUUUGGAAACAAGAGGAUGGAAUCGUUCCUAGUCGACGCGGACUUCGCUGGAGCUGUCGUCUACUUAGCCGCGAAGAAGGAAGUCGACGACACUUUCCGUUCAUCGAGGGCGACGCGCGCUGGUCUAGCCGGUAAAUAUGGGCAAUUCACUGCCGACGACACCGGCAGCAGUACGGUCAUGAAGUCUCCAGGUGUCGCAUUCAAGGUUGAGUACAGAGAUCCCGGUAACGAGGAUCCCUCUCUGUAUGGCGAAAUCAAAAUCGACGCCUCGAGCAACACGCUUUACCCAUCGUUCGUCCCUCUGGUGCUAGACAUGACGUCGAGCAUCAAGGAAGUCCUCGCGAACGAGUCGGACAAGAACGUCGAGCCGCAGCAAGCCCUUGCUAAGACUAAGGCUGCCCAGGAGGACUACCUGCUUGAUCCGAGUGCCGUCAUCGGCCGACUGAAGCUGAAUUUGGGUCUGCGUAUCUGCAAGCAGGAGUUCACACUGAGCUGUCAACCCAUCGCACGCGUGGCGGCGUCGGCUGCCUUCGACGACAUGUACUUCACUGUCAAUACUGUCGCCUCUGCUGACCAAGGGAAUUUCUUUGCUAUGUCGGGAGCCAUUGCCAAUCUCCACGCCUCUGUCCGCCAUGUGUACUCACGGGAAGAGACAGGUCAGUUCAACGUGGACUCGAUUGUCUUGUCUCUGAUGAACAGCAAGCACGUUAGCGGCAUCAGCGGCGUGUCGGCUAUCCUGAAGUUUAGUCCUAUGGAGGUUUCUGUCAACGCAAAGCAGCUCCAGGACUUCCUGCUCUUCAGGGAGAUCUGGAUACCGCGGGACGUCCGCCAGACUUCGACGAAUCCGAUGGCUAAGCUGCAGACGGAGACGUCCCAAGGACCACAGGGGCAUCUGGUGCAGAGAUACCAGCAGGUAGCUGCCACUGCAGCUUUCCCCUGGACGGCUACGAUAUCCAUGUCUGCUCUGGUGAUCAAUGUCGAUCUUGGCCAAGCAAUUGGAAAGUCCAAGUUCGCCAUCAACGAGUUCUGGGUUUCGUCCAAGAAAUCUUCGGACUGGGAACAAAACCUUUGCCUAGGUUUUGAAAGAAUAGGGGUUGACAGCCAGGGCCGCAUGAGCGGUUUCGUGGCCAUGCGCGACUUCAAGCUCCGAACCGCGAUCCAAUGGCCACAGAGAGAGCGGGCCCUGAAUGAGACCCCCAUGAUUCAAGCUUCAGUCACGUUCAGUCAGUUCCGCAUCAAGGCUGCGUUCGACUACCAGGCCUUCCUCGUCGCCGACAUCACCUCAAUGAAGUUCCUCAUGUACAAUAUAUUCGGAACCACGACGUCUGCCGCACAAGGAGUCGCCCUGUACCAGGCGUUUACGAAACUCGUAGCAGAGCGCAAAGCCAGCUUCCAGACAUCUCUCAAGGAGAUUGAGAAGUUCAUGAAGAGGAGCUCGAUAGCUUCGAGCACUGCAACGAUUCAGAGGCCGUCCAUUUCCAAGGCUCAAGGCGAUGAAGUCUUAGCGAAAGCACCCAUCUCCCUCGACACCGACGUCGUGGUGACGCUCAAGGCGCUCAACCUCGGCGUCUUCCCCACCACCUUCUCUGACCACCAGGUCUUCAAGAUGGAGGCGCUCAACGCACAAGCCCGCUUCGCCGCGUCGAUUGACGACCGGCGCGUGCACAGCAUCCUGGGUCUGACGCUGGGUCAGCUGCGGAUCGGCCUGGCAGGUGUGCGGACGAUCGAGGCGCCCAAGGCGCUGAGCGAGCUGACGGUCGAAGACGUGGCGGCGUCGGCGACGGGCUCGCGGGGCGGGACGAUCCUCAAGGUGCCCAAGGUGGAGGCGGUGAUGCAGACGUGGCAGAGCCCGCAGUCGAGGCACAUCGACUACAUCUUCAAGAGCGCGUUCGAGGGCAAGGUCGAGGUCGGGUGGAACUACAGCCGCAUCUCGUACAUCCGAGGCAUGUGGGCCAACCACACGAAGACCCUCGCCCAGGCCUACGGCAGGGAGGUGGUGCUCCCGUCCGCAAUCAAGGUCACGGGCGUGCUGCCCGAGCCGCAGAAGCAGGCCGGGCUGGCGCCGCCGGCGGACGAAGGUGACACUGCCACCAAAGGGAACAACAACAACAACAAGGAUGCCGAAGGGGAGGAGGAGGAGAAGAAGAAGAAGGCGCAGCAGGGCAAGAUCACGGCCGAGGUGGACCUCCCGCAGUCCAAGUACGAGUACAACCCGCUGGAGCCGCCCAUCAUCGAGACGCCGCAGCUGCGCGACAUGGGCGAGGCGACGCCGCCGCUCGAGUGGAUCGGCCUGCACCGCGACCGCCUGCCGAACCUGACGCACCAGAUCGUCAUCGUCAGCCUGCUCGAGCUGGCCGGGGAGGUGGAGGACGCGUAUGGCAGGAUCCUGGGGAGCUCGUGA